AUGGCAUCGAUCAAAUGCAUAAUUACUGGUGCAAAACGACUACAAGAAGAACUGAAACUACAAAAGCAAUCUAAAGAAGAAGCUGAACGAAGAGUGGUUAACUUAGAAAGAGAGUUAAGAGCUAAAGAAGAACGUAUCAUAGACCUAGAAAAAAUGUUAUCUGCAGCUCAACAGAAACUUAAUGAGUAUGGACUGAAAGAGCCCUGUCAUUGGGUCAUUUCCCGCGAUGAAAUUCACCUGACAGAUACCUGCCUAGGGGUUGGUGGAUGGGGAACAGUUAUACUGGGAAGAUUCAGAGGCUGUAAAGUGGCUGUGAAGCAAUUCCACGAGAUGAUUAUAUCACCUCAUAAUAGACGUUUGUUUGAAAGAGAAAUGAACAUUGCUUCAAGAUGUCGUCAUCCUUGUUUGUUGCAGUUCAUUGGAGCGACAGAUGACGAAGGAAGUCCUCUCUUUGUUACAGAGCUCAUGGAAUCAAGUUUACGAGCAUUGUUACAUAAGCAAUCUCUCUCACACGCAGAAAUCUCUGUCAUCUCCCUGGAUGUAACUCAGGCACUCAAUUACUUGCACAAAAGUGAGCCUCCCAUUAUUCACCGUGACAUCAGUAGCGCUAAUGUGUUGCUAUGGGGACAUGGUAACCAAUGGAGGGGCAAAGUGUCAGACUAUGGUGCCGCUAAUGUCAUGCGAGAAAGCAAGACAGUUGGCCCUGGAGCUCCGAACUACAGUUCACCAGAGGCAAGCACCCGAAAUCAAACAGUAAAGAUGGAUGUGUACAGUUAUGGUGUUCUUCUCUGUGAAAUGUGCAACCGGGAAUUACCAGAUCUCAAACGGCGUGAGGAGCAAGUAGCCCUGGUAACGGAUCCCUUUUUUCUAGACCUUAUACUGCGCUGUAUUAACUAUGAGCCUGAGGCGAGACCAACUAUGGAAGAGAUCAUUAAUGUUUUGGAUCCACAGUGACACUAGCUCAUUGUGUCAGAUACUGUGUCUCUAAGCAAGGUGCUUUCGUAAAGAUCAGAGAAAGAAGAUUGAAACCCGAACUGACGAGAUGAUUUACAAACUUUUCGAGAAAUGAUCUACAAAUAGAAAAACCUUCGGAGAGUAUCAUAGUAUUUUAUAGAGGUUUAAAAAUAAUCUGACAAUUAAUUUGUAGUUAACAAUGUACAUGUAGCACAGAAUCUAGCUCAGAAGGAUAAGAAGCCUUUAGAAAACAGGAUAUAAGGUUGCUCUCGCUAAAAGCCGUAUCAUCACUAGUAACUCUAUAAAAAAAAGAACCAGUUAAUGUUUAGGUGACAAUGACCCGAGCAAAGAGAUUUUUACCUUCGCUCAAAACUAGCCAGCGGAGUGUUCGGACCAGAGCAUUCCGACAGCAUUUCUCGCUCUCCCAAAACUUUUUUCAUAACCCGAAAGAAAUAAAAACUAUUUCAUAUUUCUUAAAUGAAGAAGUUUUUUCUAACGUUGUAAAGAACGUUACAGUAUUGUAGUGGUUUUCGAAUGGCCAAUAGUUAAAUUCAAGCUUGGGUUCAAUUAGUCAAAUCAGUGCAUAUAAAUGCUGGUCAUGAUUCGCGGCCAUGGUAUAUCCGUGUCGACAUUAUUUUAAGCAAUAAAACAUAUUUUGAUUUAUUAGCUCAAUAAAACCGCGUGGGGUGUUACCGGACGAGCACGACAUGAGAGUAAGUUGUAGCACGGUCUCGUCCGGAAUAAGAAACCAGAAGAUAUGUAUCUCACUAGAUGUUUUGGUGUGUAGUAUCGCUGUAUAUUUUUACGAGUUGCGCCGUAUUUUGACGAGCACGUAAGGCGAGUCAAAAUACAAACAACGAGUUUAAUAAGAGAUUUAGUAUC